AUGAGGAGACAGGAGGCAGUUGUGGCUCUUCUGUGCAAUGCCACGGAGGCACAGCUGUACUCUGAAAAGAGCCCUGCCUCAGCUUUCUGUCCACUUGACCACUUCUUUUGCUCAUCUGGAGUUCUGCCCUCUGUGGUGCGGUGUCACAAGGGACCACAGAUAGCUGUUCAUCUUGGGAGAAUGGAGGUGGCGUUAGUUGACUUUGAGAAUGUGGAGGAGGACAUGAACAGCAUCAUGGAUAACCUUGAUAACCUUGACUAUCUGAAUGAGAAGAUGGUUUUGACUUUAGAUAUGCCAGAAUGUGGACUGGACAAAAACCACAUAACCGCACCCCAAAUUUCUCCCUAUGUGGAAAAAAGUCAGGGGAUGCCACCAUCACCUGCUAUACCCCCUCACCCUAGGAGAGGGCAUAGUAGCUGUAGUAGUCUGAUAUCCAACUGGAAACUUUUAUUGAACAGUGAGGGAAUGCAGAGUGAGACCAUGUUCAGCAAACUGGCUAAAGAAUAUUAUGAGGACCUGUUUGUGAACAAAAGAGACCUUGAUGAUGAUGACCAGAAAAUCAUUAUAAACAUUGCUGGUCUUCGCUUUGAGACACGAAUGAAGACCUUGAACCAGUUUCCUGAGACAUUACUUGGAGAUCCUUCAAAAAGAAUGGUCUACUUUGAUCCAAUGAGGAAUGAAUAUUUCUUUGAUCGAAAUCGUCCAAGCUUCGAUGGGAUUCUCUACUAUUACCAGUCAGGAGGAAGGAUUCGUAGACCUGCAAAUGUUCCCUUUGAUGUAUUUUCAGAUGAGAUCAUUUUCUAUGAGCUGGGAAAUGAAGUCAUGGAACAGUUCCGUGAGGAAGAAGGCUUCAUCAAAGACAUUGAGGUUCCUCUUCCUUCCAAUGAGUUCUACAGACAGUUUUGGCUACUCUUUGAGUACCCUGAAAGCUCCAAUGCAGCUCGAGCAGUUGCUUUGGUCUCCAUCUUUGUGAUUGCUAUCUCUAUCAUCAUCUUUUGCAUGGAGACUCUUCCUGAGUUUCGUGAAGACUUUGAGGUCUUUCCCACCAUGGGACUGUCUUUAAACCACACACACAAUGUGGGUCUCUCAUCCCCCAGUGCAACCCCAAAGACAAUCACCACCACCUUAUCUGACCCUUUCUUCAUCAUUGAGACAACUUGCAUAAUCUGGUUCUUCUUUGAGCUCUGCAUACGGUUCCUGGUUUGCCCAAGCAAAUGUGAAUUCUUCAACAACAUCCUUAACAUGAUUGACAUCAUCUCUAUUAUCCCAUAUUUUGUUACCCUGGUAACUGAAACAAUGACAGCAACUGGUAACUCUGCUAGUGGGCAAAACAUGUCUCUGGCCAUCCUACGGAUCAUCCGCUUAGUACGAGUCUUCAGGAUCUUCAAGCUCUCGCGACACUCCAAAGGGCUGCAGAUCCUGGGCCAGACACUCAAGGCCAGCAUGAGGGAGCUGGGCCUGCUCAUCUUCUUCCUCUUCAUUGGAGUCAUCCUCUUCUCCAGUGCCAUCUAUUUUGCUGAGGUAGAUGACCCCAACACGCAGUUUGUUAGCAUCCCUGAUGGAUUCUGGUGGGCUGUGGUCACCAUGACCACAGUGGGCUAUGGAGACAUGUGUCCUAUUACGCUGGGUGGUAAGAUAGUUGGCAUGCUGUGUGCCAUCGCUGGUGUGCUGACCAUCGCGCUGCCAGUACCGGUCAUUGUCUCAAACUUCAACUACUUCUACCACAGAGAGACGGAGCAGGAGGACAAGCAGCCAGCAACCAAUAUUUCUGACCAGACCCCCAAAUCAGACAGUCAUAGUCAUACCAAUCCAGGAAGCAGCACAUCUCUGAAUAAGAUGAAUGGGAGCUCACAAAGUGACAAAACAAAAUAGUGAUACACUUGAAACAGGUUGUCUGUUCUGAUGUUUAUGCUAGAUUGUCAAGCUCGCUUUUUCCAGAGCAAUAUUUUUAAAUCCACUUUUUAAAACAUGUUCGAACUUGAAUUGGUUUUAGUUAACAUUACACAAUGAGAAUACUAGUUUUAUUAGUGUCCACAUUAAAAUAUUAAUCAUCUUAUAAUUACCAACUGUUGGCAGGUCAUAAAACCACAAAAAAACUAAAACUAAAAUUAAAAUUUUAAAUCUAGGCAAUCAUUGUCAUAAAUCUGAUGUGUUCAUAUAUAUAUCUAACUACUUCACAAUUUGUAUAACUUGCAGUAUGUCAUGUUUUGUGACUUAUGUCUUAUUCUUUGUCUUGUUUAAGCAUUUCACACUGUUCAUAUUACACUGAAUUACACUGUAUGUCAUUGUAUUUUAUUUCAGUGUUUGGUCAGUUAUUAAGAAGCUGUACUAUGUCUCCUGUCUCUGGCACUUGAAAUGAAUGACAGUCUGCUUUAUAUCAGUUUUUUUCAUGCUUAUUUCUAUACUCAUAAUAGUGCCUUUUCUUGUAGUCAUAUUAUCAAGGAAAUUCUUUGAAUGGUGCAAGUACAUAGCGAUCUCAAUUAUUGUGCACAGUGUUGAUAAAGGUAAUUUCAUUAGUAUCAAUAUAUAUUUGUCAAAAUGGUUGUUUAUGUCUGUCUGUAUUUCUGUUUCAGAGUCCUGUAUCACUUUUUAAAAAUUAUAUUUGUAGAGAAUGAUAUGAUAAAACAGGGUGUUUUACUGAAGUUUUUCUGCAGACAUCAUUCCAAAGGAAACGUUUUUUUAUGCAGACAAUAUUCCAAAGGAAAAGCUGAAGAUCUUAUUUUAUGUUAUCCAGCUUUUGUGACACAAAAUACAUUUGGUCUUGCCAAUUUUUUAAAACUUUAUUUAUCUGAAAUCCGUUUGUGUGUCCAGUUGUAUCAUUACCACCACCUCAGCAGGAUCCCAUAUUCUGGAUCUGAUAAAGUGAUUUUUAUUUUUAUGUUUGCAAUUCGUAAAUCUGUAAUGUUAAUGUGUGGCUUUGAAGUCCUUUCAGUGCUACAGUGAUGGUAUAGGUACUGCAUAUAUCAUACACAUGCAUAGUGAACUUACUGCUUUGUAUAUUGUGAAACUAAAUACACAGUAAUUGGAC